CCAUUACUGGUAAAUUGAUUCAUUUACUGCGACUGCGCUAAACAGUAUCAACAUUUGUCAAUCUUUAGAGUGUAAAUUUCAUUUGGUCUGCCGGUUUUAAACUAUAAAUUUUUAUUCAAUUUUUUAUCGUCAAGUAGCAGUCUUUUGUCAUUUAAAAAAUUAUCAAAAUGGACCAAUUUCAAACGCAUCGAAAAACAAGUAUUUUUCAGUAUUAUGCCUACAAUCCCGGUGAACUAACGCCAGAUACUGGCAAGAAUAUUGGUCCUUUAAUUGGUGUGAUCGAUGUAGGAACUCGAACUGUUCGUUUUGUGGUUUUCAAAGCAAAACAUGUUGCUGAAUUUGUAUCUCAUCAAAUUGAUAUUGAACAAAUUAAUCCACAAGAAGGAUGGGUUGAACAAGAUCCUAAAGAGAUCCUCUUUGCCAUAAAGGCCUGUGUUAAGGAUGUGAAAAAGAAAUUAGAGUCUGUUAAUCUCAGUAUAAGUGAUAUUAUUACAAUUGGCAUUACAAAUCAGAGAGAAACUACAAUUGUUUGGGAUUCAAUUACAGGAGAACCUUUAUACAAUGCAAUUAUGUGGUCCGAUAUAAGAACAGACUCAACUGUGGAUCAAAUAAUUGCCAAGUUUCCUGAUCACAGUAAAAAUCAUUUAAAACCCCUUUGCGGUCUACCUGUUAGUCCAUAUUUUUCAGCAUUAAAAAUUCGGUGGUUAAAAGACAAUGUUCCUGCGGUUAAAAAAGCCAUUAGAGAUAAAAGAUGUAAAGUUGGAACAAUGGACACUUGGGUAGUUUGGAAUUUAACGGGUGGUAAAACUGAUGGUCUUUACAUAACCGACGUUACUAAUGCUUCAAGAACAAUGUUGAUGAAUAUCAAAACACUGACAUGGGAUCCUACUUUGUGUAGGUACUUUGAAAUUCCAAUGAAACUUCUACCAGAAAUCAAAAGCAGUUCUGAAAUUUAUGGUAAUAUUGCGGUUGGUCCUUUGAAAGGAAUUCCCCUAUCAGGAAUAUUAGGUAAUCAGCAAUCGGCUUUGGUUGGUCAAAAUUGUCUACAACAGGGACAAGCAAAAAAUACUUAUAGAAGUGGCUGUUUUCUUUUAUGUAAUACUGGAACCUCGAGUGUGUUCUCAUCACACGGCCUAGUGACAACUGUUGCCUAUCAGUUUGGUGCUAAUAAUCCUCCAAUCUAUGCCUUGGAAGGUUCCGUUGCUGUCGCAGGCGCAGCAGUUAAAUGGUUAAGAGAUAAUAUGAAACUUAUAAAAGACGUUCACGAGUGUGAAGACUUGGCGCAAAGUGUAUUCAACACUGGAGAUGUGUACUUUGUGCCCGCUUUCUCUGGGCUUUAUGCUCCAUAUUGGAGGAAAGAUGCGAGGGGAAUAAUCUGCGGCCUUACUGCCUUCACAACGAAGCAACACUUAAUACGAGCAGCAUUAGAGGCUGUUUGUUUUCAAACUAGAGAUAUUUUAGAAGCAAUGCACAAAGACUGUGGUUUUCCAUUAACGAAAUUACACACAGAUGGAAUAAUGUCUACAAAUAAUCUUCUUAUGCAGUUACAAGCUGAUCUAUGUGGCACACCAGUGUUUAGGUCUACAAUGCCUGAUAUUACUGCAUUAGGAGUAGCAAAAGCAGCUGGUCAUGCUGAAGGAAUAGGAAUUUGGGAAUUAGAAGGUGAAGGAGUUGAAACGGUCGUUAUGGACACAUUUUUACCGACAACGACACCCGAAGAAAGAGACAGAAGGUACAAGAAGUGGAAAAUGGCUGUGCAAAGAAGCUUAGGAUGGGCAACUGUUAAAAUGUCUGAUCAAAUGACAGAUGAAAGAUAUCGAAUAUUGGCGUCCAUUCCUGCUAGCUGGUUUUUAUUAUCAAGUUUUAUUUUAUUAAAAAUAAGUCAAUAUUUCAGUGCACGGUGACAGAUUUAGAAAAAUUUAAUUUUUAAAUAGAUCAAGUAGAACUUGAAUUUUUGAAUUAUCACAAUAAUGCUAUCACGAAAAGCAUUUUGAAUAAAUAGCUUUUAAUUAUUAUGAUUUGAAAAAAUAUAGGGGGGGGAUAAAUAAAAAUAUAUGAUAUAUUGUAUAUAAGGUAUACACAAGAGUAUUCGAUUUACUCAUGUUUAUUGCUUGGUAUAGAAGAUCAAUCAAAGAAUAAAUUUCUUAAUUACUUUGCAUCUGUUAAAGGUAUUAUACAAAAGGAAAAUAAAAACAAUGUUAAUUA